GUAAAUGCAUUUUUUUGAGUAUAAAUACAUUAUAAGAAUAGAUUAAUUAUAGAUUAGAAGCUAAUUAUUCUAUGCAGUGUUAGGUGAAAUUUUCAGUUGUUUGGAUGGCUAGUGUGGUAUAUGGCAAUGGUGGGCAUAGAGGGAUGUUAUCCUUUCACUAUUCCUGUUCAUAUUCCAGGUUUGGAUUGCAGAAUUCUAGGACAGUGAAUUGCUUAUCUGAGGAUACAGGUGGUGCAGUAAGAUUAAGGUGGCAAGUACUGGAGCAAGUGGAUGAGGAGCUAAGCAAGGGGGAUGAGAGGGCUGCAUUGUCCUUGGUCAAGAAUUUACAAGGCAAACCUGGUGGUCUCCGGUGUUUCGAUGCUGCCCGGCAGGUACCUCAGAGGCUCUAUACCUUGGAUGAGCUAAAGUUGAAUGGGAUUGAAACUGCAUCCCUACUUUCACCAGUGGAUGCAACGCUAGGCUCUAUAGAAAGGAAUCUGCAGGUUGCUGCUCUUUUAGGAGGAGUUGCAGCAUGGAACGUGUUUGAUUUAAGCCCACAACAACUCCUAUUUUUCUCACUAGGAUUGUUGUUUUUCUGGACACUAGAUGGUGUCUCAUUCAAUGGAGGAGUCAGUGGCUUGCUUCUUGAUACCAUUGGUCACACCUUCAGCCAAAAGUAUCAUAGCAGGGUUAUUCAACAUGAAGCUGGGCAUUUCUUGACUGCCUACCUGCUAGGAAUUCUCCCAAGGGGGUACACACUGACCAGCUUGGAUGCUUUGAAUAAGGAAGGAUCACUCAAUGUUCAAGCAGGAACUGCAUUUGUGGAUUUCGAGUUUAAUGAAGAAGUAAAUUCAGGAAAAUUAUCAGCCACGAUGCUGAACAGGUUUUCAUGUAUUGCCCUUGCUGGUGUUGCAACAGAAUAUCUUCUCUUUGGUUAUGCUGAGGGAGGUCUUGCUGAUAUUGACAAGGUUUGCUUUAUUAAUCUGCUUCUUCAGUUUUCCCACUAAAUAUUACACUUAAAUACAAGCUGUAGGGAGCUGACUAUUGCUGUAAAUUGAUUAACUUUCCAGAAAAAUGAAGAUAAAGUAAGAGAACAUUGUAGGCAGCUUUUAAGUCAGAAUUUUUGUGGAAGAACAUAUUAUUGACUUCAUGCAAUAAUUACCUUUCCUUUUGAAAAGUGUAGAUGUGGCAAAAGGCUAAUAGGAAUGAUAUAACCUCAUGCUAUGUCAUAAUUUUCAGUAACAUGACGGUGAAUGUCAAGGACUUGGUCACUUCCAAGCAAUUAAGUUAAUGCACUGAAUCAUUAGAACUAUUUCCCCACUGUCAUUAUGAAUGCACUUCUUCGAGAUGAGUCGUAAUAUUUUGCUUUUCAUAGUGAUGAUCUCUGUGGUAUAUUUUUGAUUUAAUCUAAUAACCUAUAGAGCUUUCUUGGUGCAUGUCAACGGGAGAAUUCAUUUUCAAACCUUUUGUUCCUUUCCUUUUCAAUUCA